AUGCUUAGUGGAUAUGUGCCUCGCACCAUGGGGAAACUACGAGCUCUGCAACAUCUGCACUUGGUCGACAACAUGUUAGAAGCUAACGAUGGGGAGGGGUGGGAAUUUGUUACUUCUUUGUCAAACUGCAGCAAACUCCAACUAUUAGUUAUCUCCUACAAUGCCGCUUUCACUGGACAGCUACCAAGCUCAAUAGUGAAUCUCUCAACAACCCUGCAAAUCCUCGGCUUGGACAACACUGGCAUUUGGGGGAGCAUCCCCUGCGUGAUCGGCAAUCUGGUGGGCCUUCAAACCCUUGGUAUUUUUAAUACUUCUAUAUCUGGAGAAAUUCCAGAUAGCAUCGGCAAACUAACAAACUUGACUAAGCUUGGUUUGUUCAACACAAACUUGUCAGGACAAAUACCUUCGACGGUUGGAAACCUCUCAAAGUUGACUAUCCUUUAUGCAUUUCAUGCAAAUCUUGAGGGACCAAUUCCACCAAGCAUAGGAAAGUUGAAGAGUGUAUUUUCCCUUAAUUUGUCAAUGAACCACCUCACUGGUGCGAUUCCUACGGAGAUUUUCAAACAACCUCUUCUUUCUUUCGGUUACUUAGACUUGUCAUACAAUUCAUUAUCAGGACCUCUCCCCUCUGAAGUUGGUAGCUUAGUGAACCUAAACACACUGGUUCUAUCAGGAAACCAAUUAUCUGGUGAGAUACCUGAAAGCAUUAGGGAGUGCACUGUGCUUCAAGAACUUUGGUUGGACAAUAAAUUAUUUAACGGAAGCAUACCUCAAAAUUUAAAUAAGGGCCUAACUACACUCAACCUGUCAGUGAAUGAGUUGUCCGGUGCUAUUCCGGAUGCCAUUGCAAGUAUCAGUGGCCUGGAACAAUUGUUCCUGGCACACAACAAUCUGUCAGGACCAAUCCCCGCAGUUCUACAGUACAUGACAUCUUUGUCAAAUUUGGAUUUGUCUUUCAAUAAUCUGCAAGGGGAAGUGCCAAAGGAAGGGAUUUUCAGAAAUUUGGUUAACCUGUCGAUCAUCGGAAAUAACAAGCUUUGUGGGGGAAUACCCCAGCUUUAUUUAGUUCCAUGCAAGAUAGAUUCUGUGAAAAAUAACAGAAGAAGGAAAUUGAAGUACCUUAAAAUAGCACUAGCGACAACCUUUGCAUUCUUAUUAUUAGCUAUUGUUAUUGCACUCGUUCACUUGAUCUACUGGAAGCAAACACGAAAGCAGAAGGGCGCAUUCGGAUCACCAAUGGUUGAGGAACAGUAUGAAAGAGUUUCUUGUCAUGCAUUAUCAAAUGGAACCAAUGGAUUCUCAUAA